AUGAUCGCGUCCCACCUGCUCGCCUACUUCUUCACCGAGCUCAACCAUGACCAAGGGCAGAAGAUUGACAAAUACCUCUAUCACAUGCGGCUCUCCGAUGAAACUCUCCAGGAGGUGUCGGAGCGCUUCCGAAAGGAGAUGGAAAAGGGUCUCGGAGCGGACACGAACCCCACAGCGUCAGUGAAAAUGUUGCCCUCGUUUGUGAGAUCCACCCCAGAUGGGACAGAGAAUGGAGACUUCUUGGCCUUGGAUCUUGGCGGCACAAACUUCCGUGUGCUGAGAGUGAAGGUGUCUGAUAACGGCCUGCGGAAGGUAGAAAUGGAGAAUCAGAUCUAUGCCAUUCCAGAGGAUCUCAUGCGUGGGAGCGGGGUACAGCUCUUUGAUCAUAUUGCCGAAUGCCUGGCUAACUUCAUGGAAAAGCUGAACAUGAAGGACAAGAAGCUUCCCCUGGGAUUCACCUUCUCUUUUCCUUGCCACCAAACCAAACUGGAUGAGAGUAUCCUCGUUACAUGGACUAAAGGGUUCAAAUCCAGUGGUGUGGAGGGGAAAGACGUGGUUGGCAUGAUACGUAAAGCCAUCAAGAAACGAGGGGACUUCGACAUUGACCUGGUCGCCGUGGUGAACGACACCGUAGGGACGAUGAUGACCUGCGGCUAUGACGAUCACAACUGCGAAGUUGGGCUCAUUGUUGGUACUGGUACCAAUGCAUGCUACAUGGAGGAGAUGCGGCACAUUGACUUGGUGGAAGGGGAUGAAGGGCGGAUGUGCAUAAACAUGGAAUGGGGAGCCUUCGGAGACGACGGCGUGCUGAACGACAUCAGGACAGAAUUCGACCGUGAGAUCGACAUGGGUUCGCUCAAUCCAGGGAAACAACUGUUUGAAAAGAUGAUCAGUGGCAUGUACAUGGGAGAGCUGGUCAGGCUCAUCCUGGUGAAGAUGGCCAAGGAGGAGCUGCUGUUCGGUGGAAGGCUCACCCCAAGCUUGCUCACCACAGGACACUUCGAGACCGGAUAUGUGUCUGCUAUUGAAAAGGAGAAGGAAGGACUACAAAAAGCCCACGAGAUCUUGACCAAGCUCGGGCUGGACCCAUCUGCAGAAGACUGCAUAGCCACCCAGCAUAUCUGCCAGAUCGUCUCCACCCGUUCGGCGAACCUCUGUGGUGCUACCCUGGCCGCAGUGCUGCGCCGGAUCAAGGAGAACAAAGGAGUUGACAGGCUACGCUCCACCGUUGGCGUGGAUGGCUCGGUGUACAAGAAGCACCCCCAUUUUGCUCGACGCCUUCAGAAGACAGUGCGGAAGCUGCUGCCAGACUGCGACAUCCGAUUCGUUCGCUCGGAAGACGGGAGCGGCAAAGGGGCUGCUAUGGUCACGGCGGUGGCCUACAGGCUAGCAGCCCAGCAUAAGGCAAGGCAGAAGACCCUUGAAGCCCUGAAGCUGAGCCAUGAGCAGCUGCUGGAGGUGAAGAAUAGGUUGAGGAUAGAGAUGGACAGGGGACUGAGCAAAGCAUCGCAUCUGGACGCCACUGUGAAAAUGCUUCCCACUUACGUGUGUGCCACUCCAGAUGGAACAGAAAAAGGAGACUUCUUGGCCUUGGAUCUUGGGGGAACGAAUUUCCGUGUGCUGCUGGUGCGUGUGCGGAAUGGGAUUAGGCGUGGCGUUGAGAUGCACAAUAAGAUCUACUCAAUCCCGCAGGAGAUCAUGCAGGGGACAGGAGAGGAGCUGUUCGAUCACAUCGUCCACUGCAUUUCGGACUUCCUGGAAUACAUGGGAAUGAAGGGCGUGUCACUUCCUAUGGGAUUCACCUUCUCUUUCCCUUGCCAACAGAAUAACCUUGAUGAGGGGAUACUCCUGAAAUGGACUAAAGGGUUCAAAGCUACUGGCUGUGAAGGAGAAGAUGUGGUGAACUUGCUGAAAGAAGCUAUUCAUAGGAGAGAGGAGUUUGAUCUGGAUGUGGUAGCAGUGGUGAAUGACACAGUAGGCACCAUGAUGACCUGUGGUUAUGAAGAUCCUUAUUGUGAAGUCGGGCUCAUCGUUGGCACGGGCAGCAACGCCUGCUACAUGGAGGAGAUGAGGAACGUGGAGCUGGUGGAGGGUGAAGAGGGCAGAAUGUGCAUUAACAUGGAGUGGGGGGCGUUCGGGGACAACGGCUGCUUGGAUGACUUCCGGACAGAAUUCGAUGUGGCGGUGGACGAACUUUCUCUCAAUGCCGGGAAACAAAGGUUUGAGAAAAUGAUCAGCGGGAUGUACCUGGGCGAGAUUGUCCGAAAUAUCCUGAUCGACUUCACCAAGAGGGGGCUGCUGUUCCGGGGGCGGAUAUCCGAAAGGCUGAAGACCAGGGGGAUAUUCGAGACCAAGUUCCUGUCUCAAAUUGAGAGCGAUUGCCUAGCCCUGCUCCAGGUCCGCUCCAUCCUCCAGCACCUGGGCCUGGAGAGCACGUGUGAUGACAGCAUCAUUGUGAAGGAAGUGUGCACUGUGGUAGCCAGGCGUGCUGCUCAGCUCUGUGGCGCUGGUAUGGCAGCGGUGGUGGAUAAAAUCCGGGAGAACCGCAAGCUGGACUUCCUUAAGGUCACAGUUGGUGUGGACGGGACACUCUACAAACUGCAUCCUCACUUCUCCUCCAUCAUGCACGAAACAGUGAAGCAGCUGACCCCGAAGUGCGAAGUGACCUUCCUCCAGUCAGAAGAUGGCAGCGGCAAGGGGGCGGCACUCAUCACGGCGGUGGCGUGCCGGAUCCGGGAGGCCGGGCAGCGAUAAGAGGAGUCGUUCGGAAGGCUUGGAUUUAACAGAGCAAAACCAGCGGACCCCUUCCCACCCUCCAACACACACUCCUUCUCCUGCUCCUCAACACGCAGAUUUUUAGCUUUACUUGUUCUAUCGAGAUACCACCACUGAGACCUGAGAUGCCGUGUGUUCAAAGUUAUUUUCUUAGGAGUUCUAUUGCAUGCCAUCAAACUACCUAUCGAGUAAAGCUAAAAGUGUCGUCAGGGCGUGUAGCUACGUUUCCAGUCAAAGCCCUUUUUGUUUCACCGCAGCCUAUUUAAAAUACUAAACCUCCCUCCCCAGCCACAAUGAUGUUUGUUCUGUAGCAGUAGAAGGAUAAUGCCAGAGCAAUUAAGACACUGCAUUGUCACUUCGAUAGUAAACAAUACCUAUUUGUAGAUGUCCAAGUCCUAACAUAAGCACACUAGAAAGCAAAACCUCUUUUAAGAUUGGGUUAAAGACCUCCACUAGUCUUUUACCCUGAUCAAGUCUGUGUUAUUUCCAUGAAAGUCAUGGUAACGCUCUUAAAAGCACAGGGUGCAGCAUUUAAACCAGUGCGUUUGAAUCUGUGCCGAAGGAUACAAAGUGUCCGUAUGGUGGUGAGUAAUAUUAAAGUACCUGUUGGAUCGAGUUAAAAGUGCUUCUUUAAUUCGACCAGCAGAGCACGUGCCUGGAAAUACUUGGGGACUCAGGGUGUAGUCCCAUUUCCCAGCUUCUCCUCUAUCAAUUAAAUGUAGUACUUGACAUGUGUAGCCAAUGGCGACCCCUACUGGCGCAUGCGUACAUAGAAAAAACCAUCGCUGAAGUGAAUGGUUUCUCUUCCACAACCGUUUCAACACUCUGCCCUCAAUUGAUGUGGUGAGUUUGGUUUUAUUUUUGUCUGUGAACUAGCUCUGUAUCUUUAUUCGUAAAAACCCCAUAGGUCACGUCUGGAUUUAUGCACUGUAUUUAUGUUUCGAGAGAUCUUACGUCUUUUAUGUAUAUAGUCAUGAAUGGGGAUUGUUAUUGACUAGUUUUAAUGUGGUUUGAGAGACUAGCGCAGAAUGCUCUUUUAUUAUUAUUAAUUAAAAUAACUGUCUGGAA